CCGAGCGGAGACGAAGAUUCCCGAACGGAGCCGAGCGGAGCCCGAGCCUCUCCGAGCGGAGACGAAGAUUCCCGAACGAAGCCGAGCGGAGCCCGAACCUCUCCGAGCGGGCCUGGGUCGCUGUCUCCGCCGCCGAGGGUCCCUGUUGUCCCCCCGGUGCAGGCCGGAGCCAUGAUCGAGGUUCUGGCCCAGCUGAGCCGUGGGCCCGUCUUCCUGGCCGGAGAGAUGCUGGAGUGUGGGAUCGUCUUCACCAACCCUCUCUCCGCCUCCUCCACCUCCGCCAGCAGUGAGAUGCUGGCGUGGGCCAGCGCCCAGAUUCACUGCCAGUUUCACUCCAGCGAGAACCGGGUGGCGUUGCCUCCCUCGGAUGACAGCAAGCAUGACGUGCAGGCCGAGAACGAGACAGUGUUUGUCCCCAACAGAGGAGAGCGGGGUCAGUGCAUCCUGUCCACACCCCCAAAGAUUCUCUUUUGUGACUUGCGCCUGGAUCCCGGAGAGUCGAAAUCCUACUCGUACUGUGAGACGCUGCCUGUGGAUGGGCCGCCCUCCUUCCGGGGGCAGUCGGUGAAGUACGUGUACAAGCUGACCAUCGGCUGCCAGCGAGUGAACUCGCCCAUCAAGCUGCUGCGGGUGCCCUUCCGGGUGCUGGUGCUGCACGGGCUCAAAGAUUAUCAGUUCCCCCAGGACGAAGUGGUCGCCCCCUCGAACCCCUUCCUGGAGGAGGAGGAGGGAGUGAAGAAAGACUCCCGGCUGGCGGACCUGGCCACGGAGCUGCUGAUGGCAGCCACCUCCCGGCGCAGCCUGCACGUGUAUAACAUCAGCAACACCCGGGGCAAGGUGGGCAAGUUCGGGAUCUUUAAGACUGUCUAUAAGAUUGGAGAAGACAUCCUGGGGACCUUUAACUUCUCAGAAGGGGACAUCCCCUGCCUGCAGUACUCGGUGAGCCUGCAGACAGAGGAGAGUAUCCAGGAGGAGUUCCAGCGGCGGCACGGGCAGCCCGUCUCCUACAGCACACACGCCCGCCACCAGGAGUCCUGUCUGCAUACGGCCAGGAGCAGCUUCAGCCUCCCUGUCCCGCUGAGCUCCACGCCCGGCUUCACCACCAACAUUGUGUCUCUGAAGUGGAGGCUGCACUUUGAGUUCGUGACCUCCCGAGAGUCGGGGGAGGCCCACACGGUCCCUGAGAACCCGUCGGAAACCAUCACCUGGACUGGGGUGGAGCAAAUCGAAGUGGAUACCUUCAGCUGGGACCUGCCCAUCAAAGUCCUGCCGACCAAUCCCGUCCUGGCCUCCUACGUGUCCCAGUUCUCCAGCACAAACUCCAUCACUAUCUGAGCUGGGGCAGGACCUAGGUGGGAGCCUGGGGCGCCAGUCACACCACCCGCUCGGGACAGUAGCUGCCGAGUGGCAGGGCACAGGCCCACUCUGAGCCCUGCACCAGGCCCUGCGCCGGCUGUGCGGCCCUGCCUGUGUGAGAGACAACGCUCUAGGCCCAGCACUAGCUGGCCUCUCCUUCCUGAGCUGCGUCUCUCUGGGUCGGGAGCCAGGCUCCUGGUCGCCUGGGCAUGCACAGGAACCCCAGUGCUCUCUGUCAGGGGCGGCCUGGCUGCUUCCUCCCCAGUGUGGGGCCUUGUGCCCAGCCCAGGGAAGGGAGAAGGUCGCCCUUCCAGUGACUACCCGUCCCAGGCUCCUGGGAAGCCCACGCCCAUUCCCUCUGGGAUCUCCCCCCACUGCAUGGAGGACCCCAUCUCCAGCUGACACAUGUCCAGUGCCCCUGGCCCCAGCUGGGAGCGACAGCCCUGGGGCAUGUCCAUCCUGCGUGGGAACUGCAGUCCCUCUGGUAGCGUCAGCCCCGCAGCAGCCCCCCUGCCUGGGACAGCCCCAGCAGAGGGGCAGCAGGUGCCCUGCACGCCCAAGCUGGGCUUCUGCACAUGGCUGGCUUCCCACGGGAGAGGCCAGGGUCCCAUGGAGACAGGGCGACGCUGCAGCUCCAGGACCCUAGACCAAGGAGGAGGCCGGCUGCCAUCCCCACCUGAGCUGGGAGAAGGAGAUCCUGGCCUGGAGGCUGGGUUCUUGGCCCUGCUCUCCCUGGGGCGGAUGAGUGCCGCCUCUUCUCUUCCUGGGCUGGGCCCGGCAAUGAAGUCAGCGUAACUCCAUCGUUCGGGGAGUGAACUCCUCUCCACCCCCCCACCCCCGAGUGCCGCUGUCACACCGACCUGCCCCCGGGUGCUGACAGCACUGGGUCCCAUUGACCUGCGCCCGGGGAGAGCCCCUCCCGUCAGGGCAGGCAGCAGCUUCACUGAAGUCCUGAGGCACCCAGCGCUGUGCUGGACCGGGGCCAGGCCCGACCCCUCCAAGCUCCUGGGGUCUUUCCCCAGCAGCCUGAUAAAGUGUCUGCUCUGUGUGUGCAAGUUAAUAAACACCUGAGUGCCCAGCCCA